GCAAUCUCGUUCAGUAGCAGUUCGACGUUCGUUUAGUAAUCGUUGGGGAAGUGUAUGUUAAAGCUAAAGCAUGAGCACGAGCACCGAGAAGAGAAGUUACAGCUCACCAGACGGUUCGAGAACAUGGGAGUAUAUGACUAUUUUAGUAUGCGCUGCUCUGGCUGGUUGUCUUGGAUUUAUUAUGGGAUGGAAUUCGCCAAGUAUCGUAAUACUAAUGGCGGAUGAUUCACCCAUACCAGUCACAGAAUCAGCUGUUUCUACGUUGGUCGCUGCCGUAGCCAUUGGUAACUUGAUAGCACCCCCACUGAACAUUGUUUCGGCCGAUAGAUUUGGAAGGAAGAACACUAUGCUGCUGAGUUUCUUACCGAUUUUAGUUAGUUGGGGUAUAGUCACGAUUGCUACUUCCAUUUGGGAAUUAUACGUGGCAAGAUUUCUAGCAGGAAUUGGAUUAGGAUUAUUCAUCUGCGUCGCGCCGAUGUACAUGGGCGAAGUAUCGUCAUCGAAUAUCCGAGGUGCUGCAAACUCUCUAGUUGGGAUCGUAUACAACAGCGGUAUCCUCGUAACGUUUGUAGUCGCGCCGUAUCUUUCGUUAUCCCUCAUGGCUCGAAUAUUUUUCGUCGUGAACGCCGCUUGUGUAUUCGCGUUCUGGUUUAUGCCUGAGUCGCCGUACUUUCUGGUACUGAAGAACAGAACCGACGAAGCGGAAGCGGUGUUAGAAAAAUUGCGCGGUAAAACCGACGUGUCCGAGGAGCUGCAGGUGAUCACCGACUGCCUGUCGAAAGAAGGAAAGGACAUCGUAAAGAGCGGAACCAUAACGGACGUUUUCGCGUCGCGGGGAAAUUUUCGUGCUUUCCUCAUCAUUUUUCUGUUCACGGUGACGCAUAAUUUUGGCGGGUUUUUCAUUAUCAUCACGUACUGCCAGCUGAUCUUCAAAUCGACUAGUAACGUUAUCAGCGACUACACCGUCGGCGUGAUCAUUGGCGUCGCGCAGGUGAUGUCCGCGAUUUUCACAACCUUCCUGGUCGACAAGCUUGGACGUAAACCGUUGAUACUUGCGUCGGGUGUCGUGGCUGCUUUGUGCAAUCUUAUAAUCGGCGUUUUCUUCUACAUGAAGGAUUACACGAGCAUAGACGUGGAGAUGUACUCGUUGGCGCCGUUCAUAGCUUCUAUAAUAACAGUUUUUAUGUUCACCUGCGGCUUGUUUUGCCUGCAGAUCAUUUUGAUGUCGGAAGUUUUCGCCACCGAGGUUAAAGCGAUCAGCACAUGCCUUAUCGGCGUGCUCGGUGGUUUGCAAGGUAUUAUAGGGUUCAAGCUUUACAUAUGGAUAGCUAUAACGUUGGGCUACGGCCAUUCGAUACCGUUUUUAGGAUACUUCGUAGUCGUGGCGGUCUGCACUGCAGUUAUUUACCGUAUUACACCGGAAACGAAAGGCAAAACUUUCCUGGAAAUACAAAGGAAGCUAAACAAGGCGGUCUGAAGUAAACGGUUUCAUUGUUUCCUCGGUUUUUAGGAUAAGAAUGUGUAAUCAAGUAUUACCAACGAAAAUGUAUCAUUGCUUGGGCGUUAAGGAAAUGUACAGAUAAAAAUCGGAAUACAUUCUAGUCUUUCAAUGAGAAGAAACGUAACUUUCUAGAAAAAUGUUAUUUUGUCGUACGAAUAUACAUGUAUUUAUUGUAACCGUAAUCGUACACUCCGAUAUUGAAAAAUGAAUUAGUUACAUGGUUUACCGACCUUCCUUUUUUAAGAUAAGCGACCGUGUUAAUUUACGAUGCGUGUUCGAUAAUGUAAAUAUAUUAACACUUUACCGGCCGCUGGUAGGAUAGUUGUGAAAUGGUAGAAAAUAACGUAAACGGCCGUUGACGUAUCGUGCGCAGUGUGUUCAGGAAAAAUCGCUACGCAAGGAGUGGGGGCAGGCGAUUCAUAGUUAACUAUAAACACUAUAGUUAACUAUGUUAUAGCGACUGAUCCAUAAACUAUAAUUUAAUUAGAAUUUUGUUUAUUUGUAAAAUAGCAGUUAAAAUAAACAAAUAAAACCGC